AUGGGGCAACAUGCUCUGCAACAUCGCCACACUGAUCGCCCAGAGUGGCAUUCGUGCUGGGAGGAAUUCUCAUCUUUGCCAGUUUCAAGGCUUCUUGAUUCAAAUGUAAAUCCCAAACGACCCCAUGAAGGCGGUGGGCUGACUUGUCCAAGGUUUCUCCCAGCUGAUGCACUUUGGAACCUGGCAAUGGCUAUCAACGUCUACUUGACCAUCUUUCACAAGUACACUGCCAACAGGCUGAAGAAAUUGGAAUGGGCUUACUUACUCAUGUGCUACGGCAUCACCUUUAUUAUCGCAUUUGUUUGCCUGUUCAUUUCGACCUCGUCACGAGGCAAAAUAUACGGACCCAAUGUUCUUUGGUGCUCUAUCGACAUCAACUGGGUCUUCAUGCGUAUCGCCAUUGUGUAUGGACCUGCCUGGAUCUGCAUCGCCGCCUCCCUUUUCCUCUACGUAAUUUCUGGGGUCGAAAUCUUUAGAAAGCGUGCUCAGCUUAUAGCAUUCAAGGUGCCUCAAUAUAACGAUAAAGAUACCAGGCCGAGCUCUACUGAGAACCUCGUCACCGAUUUCAAGACCACGCAGAUUCAGUAUUUCAGCGAGCCUGCACUACUCCGACCACCAAGCGAAGGCUCUCAUGAUACAAAUACAACGACUGAGAGCACUACCCAAGCAUCAAUGACUAGCCAAAGAGAACCAGCCUAUGGCGUGACAACCAUCAUUUCCACCCCUAAACGAUCACAGUCCGACAAUUCAAUAUUUGUGCUUCCACAAAGCUCCAAAGCAAACCAGCAACGCAAACAAAAACGAGCAGCCAUAGAGUUCAACAGAGCAGCACUCGCCUACACCAAAGUGGCAGUCCUCUUCUUUUGCUCCAUGCUCAUCACAUGGAUUCCUCCCUCUGUCAACAGAUUCAACUCAUUUCUGCAUCCGCACCAGGUCAACAUCCCUUCGAGCUAUGCUACUAGCUUUGUUCUGCCUAUGAUGGGCGCUUGGAACUCUGUAAUCUAUAUCGUCACCUCAUGGAAGGCAGUGCAGGAUCUUUUCGCUGGGAAACUGGGAAGGCCGAAGUGGAGCAAAGUAAAGCCCGCAGCUAUCAAUCUACGGCCUGGUGCGCACAAUAGCAGUCGGAAAGCGAGUGCACACGAGGUGAAACCGGUAAUCUACAUCAGUGAAUUUGAAAGACCUGGGAAGGAGGCCAUGUCUAUCGGUGAAGAGGAGAUUCGCUAG